CGGUCGUGGAAAAAUAAUCUCGUGAAUAGAACAAUUACUUCCUCGAAAACCGUUCGGUUCCCCCACGCGCCAAUAAUCCCUUCUUAAUUAUUCAUCAUCACCGCUCUUCAAUUCUCUCAUUCUCUCAACCCAUCACCAAUGGAACCACAAACCCAGCAACCAACCGAGGAUGGAGGAAGCAACAAAGCAGCCGGGAGUAGUGCUAACAUGUUUUGUAGGCGGAGCAGUACCAGGUGGACUCCCACUACAUAUCAGAUAAGAAUCCUCAAGGAGCUUUACUACAACAAGGGAGUUAGGUCCCCAAAUGCAGAGCAAGUUCAGAGGAUCUGUCUCCAGCUGAAACGGUAUGGAAAGAUCGAGGGCAAGAACUUCUUUUACUGGUUUGCGAACUACAAGGCUCGGGAGAAGCAGAGGAAGAGAUCCAUUUCGGAUGUUCAUGUGCCCAUGCAAAGAUCAGGGUUUGUUGGUAAUGGUACCAAUUGGAAACCUGAGGAUAAGUAUAUUAACUUCGGAUCUUCUGCAUCUGCUUCUUCAGCUGGUGUGAUUGCUUUUAACGGGCAAAUGGGGAACUAUGGUGGUUAUGGAUCCAUGAACAUGGAGAUUGAAACCCUUCCUCUGUUGCACGGUGAAGACAUUUUUGGCAACAUGAAGACUACUUCCGAU